GUACCGUAAGAAGGAAAAAGGCGUCCAUUAGGAGCGGCGCUGGGGGCGAUGAUAUUUACAAGCCUAUAUGGUUUGUAUACAGCUUUAUGGAAACUUUUCUUGGUCAAAUAUAUGACUGCCACCCUACCAUAAACAGUCAAGAUACGAUUUCUCUUGAUAACGAAACCCUCGAGCCCACAUCUCAAGAAUCAGAAUCAGAAAUCAAUGAAGUAGUGAAUGUUGUACCCUCAGCUAAGUUUCAGCAAGCAGCACUUGUAGCCAAACCUCACCGACCAACACCCUUACCAAUCUCUCAGCAAAGACAUCGUCGUCACCAAGUUCCUACGGAAUUGCUUCAAGCAGAAAGUGAAAUGAAGGAAGCCUUCUCAUGGGUGAAGAAUGUUGUGUCCAGAAAUGAUGAAAAAGAAGACGAGUGCGAUUUAUACGGUAGAAUGUUGGCGAAAAAACUACGAAAAAUUCCGGAAUUUCAAAGAGAAUACUUGAUGCAUGAUAUUAACGAAAUGGUCCUCAGGGCAAUGCAUCCAUCUCAUGGUUGUGUCGCCACGCCAUCCUGUUCCAAUGGACCACCUUCGAACUCAUCGCUAAUUUCCUUAUCGUAUUCUCGACCUACAUCUGCAAACAGCAAUAACUGUUCCUAUGCUUCAUCACAGGGUAUCAACGAGCAUGCCCAGGACCAAAUGGAAGAACACAUACAGGAAUCUGAUCCUAUCAGCCAAGCACUGUAUAUGACCUUUGGAGGAAAAACAGACACCAACUCGAAAACUACUCAUUUCAACAUGUAG